AUGAAGAUCGACAGGAGCCGUUUAAAGAAGAGCACUUCUGAAGUGCCAGUGGAGUGCCAAGUGCUUAUAGAUAAACUUAGAUCCUGCUCUCAUAAAGAACUUUUAGAAGUAUUAAAGGUAAUAGACACAUGGACGUUUGGAAAGUGUGAGCUUUACCACUGGAUUGAUAUUCUGGAUAUGAGCGAUGCUAUUCUGGAGGAGGCUGCCACCCGGGUCGAGCCCUCCAGUUGGACUCUUGCUUGUGAUCUACCUCAGAAUAGUGAGGAUAAGGAACUGUUGCUUUGGGUUCUCCAUUUUACAACGCUUUUGAUAGAGCAUUCAUUCUCUAGACAUUUGUACAACUCUAUGGAGCACCUGAUCACACUGCUGUCAUCUUGUGACAUGAAUGUAGUGCUGGGUGUUCUGAACUUGCUGUACAUGUUCAGCAAGCGGAGCAACUUUAUAACAAGGCUCAACAAUGACAAAAGACAGGCCUUGCUAAGUAGACUGACACAUCUGGCAGAGAGUUGGGGCGGCAAGGAAAAUGGAUUUGGUUUAGCAGACUGCUGCAAGGACGUGUCUGUUGCGCAUUUUCCACCAAGUUCAACUACAUUGCAUUUUGAGUAUUACUCAGAAGUACCAGAAAGUAUGUCAGUUUCUGGUAAAGGAAAGUACUCGAAUCUGAUAACUAGCAUCCACAUAGAGAAUGUGGACAAGAUGAACAAAACCCCUGCAGCUAUCAUGAAUGAACUACUUGAGCAGUACAAUAUGCAACUUUUUACACACAUACGAUUGGCUCACUGUUUCUCAAACCGUCGACUUCGCCUUCUGUGUGUUCAGGCAAGGCUUCAAGCCUUGUCUGUGCUCGUGUAUUCAAAUGCUCUGGCAGAGAAUGCCCAUGCACUUCUCUAUUCAGGCAUUCUGGAGGAAUUGGUAGAACUGUUGGAAAUGCCCAUUCCUAAUCUAGUGGAAAUUCGAGCAGCUGCUCUACGUACUCUGACGUCAAUAAUUCAUCUAGACCGGAAUCCACACUUACCUAACAGGAAGCCUGGUUCAAGACUGAACAUGAUAAUUGAUGUAACAGGAGCUGGAUCAUACCAUGGUUUCCUUCCUGCGUUAGUCCGCACUUGUAUCAUGACAUUGACGUCUUCAUACUCGGACACAUGCAGCGUUCAGUUUCCCUUACCCCUUGCUACUGCCCUAUUCAGUUUCCUUUAUCAUCUGGCCAGUUAUGAAGCUGGUGGGGAAGCGCUUGUCAGCUGUGGUAUGAUGGAGAGUCUGCUACGAGUUAUCAACUGGCCUGGGACAGAGCUGGAACACAUCACAUUUGUGACGCGAGCUGUGAGAGUAAUUGAUCUCAUAACAAAUAUUGACAUGCAAGCAUUCCAAAUGCAUGGUGGAUUGACAAGUUUUAUCAGUCGUCUGGAGGUUGAAGUGACCGUAUGCCGGAAGGAACAGCCAUUUGAGAUAACAUUCUCAAAUUCUCAUCCAGAAAUCCAGGAUCCUCAUGGACAAGGUUUUGUGGCACAGGGUCUGAGCUCAUCCAACAGUUCGCAUAAUAUGGUCGUGCCUUCGGAGGAAAAUGUACCAAGUGGUAGUGAACAGAGUACAGAUAGUCUAAAUUCAGGCACAGUGAUGUCACCAAUGGAAGUGAUACUUACCCCUUCCCAAGAAUCAUCUAAUUGUCGCUUAACAAGUACUCCGAUGCAAGUGCCUCGGGCUUCAACAUCAUUCACCUAUGUGUCCAAUGAGAGUGCUUUGACAUCACAGGUGGCAAAUUGUUUGAAGUCCAGUGGUUCCCUGCCUGAUUACAGUGCUGCCAGGACAGGAAAGACAUGUCUGCCACAAAGGGCAGCUUUGCUCAAGUCAAUGUUGAACUUCUUAAAAAAAGCCAUUCAGGAUCCGGCAUUUUCAGACAGCAUUCGUCAUGUGAUGGAAGGUUCACUUCCAUCCUCUCUGAAACACAUUAUUAGUAAUGCUGAAUACUAUGGACCUUCUUUGUUCCUGCUUGCCACAGAUGUGGUAACUGUGUAUGUAUUCCAAGAGCCGUCCUUACUUUCUUCACUACAGGAUAGUGGCCUCACUGAUGUGGUCCUACAGGCUCUUCUUGUGAAGGAUGUACCAGCAACACGAGAAGUAUUGGGAUCGCUGCCAAAUGUGUUCAGUGCCCUUUGCCUGAAUGCACGUGGUCUUGACUCUUUCGUGCAGUGUAGUCCAUUUAACAGACUGUUCAAAGUCCUCCUGUCACCCGUGUACCUGGCUGCGAUGAGGCGUCGGCGAAGCUCUGACCCGAUGGGUGACACGGCUUCUAACCUUGGCAAUGCAAUGGAUGAAUUGAUGAGACAUCAGCCAAGCCUGAAAGUGGAUGCAAUGUAUGCAAUAAUAAAGUUGCUGGAAGAAUUGUGUGUUCUUGGCCGUGACCCAAAGUAUAUUUGUUGGAGAGCACAAAAUAAGAUGGAUGUAACUCCUGCCCCUGCUCCACGCCCUAGUGGAAACAAUGAAGGCGGCAGCAGUGAUGAAGAAGACGAGGAUGAGGAAGAAGCUUCUACUUCUUCACACCCGCAGCGGGAGGAUGCUGCUUCAGAUUCGUCUGCUUUGCAUGAGAAGACACCCAUUGCUCUGAUAGACUAUAUUUUGAAUGUGAUGAAAUUUGUGGAUGCAAUCCUGAGUAAUAAUUCAACAGAUGACCAUUGUCGGGAAUUUGUUGCUCAAAAUGGACUGGUUCCACUGUUGUCUAUUCUUGGACUACCAAAUCUGCCUGUUGAUUAUCCUGUCGCAACUGCUGCGCAAGCUGUUGCAUCUGUUUGCAAGUCAAUUCUGAACCUUGCACACGAGCCUAGGGUAUUGAGGGAAGGACUUCAUCAACUGAGCAAAGUACUUGAGCAGCUGCAACCACUUCACAGCCCUGUAAAGGCUCCUGGCAGCUCAGUCUUGUUACAUGAACUAGCAUCUGCUCCUAAUCUUGAUUCAGCAUUCACAUCGGCUGCUGCUACUCCCCUCCUCCAUGCAAUGGGUGCAGCUCAUGGCUACGUUAUUAUGUUCGUCCAUGUGUGUCGUACAGGGCAGGUUAGUUCGCCUUUGUUGAAGUGAAAUUAUUAUACCAGUAUUAAUGAAGGUAAAAUAAAGUUCCUUCCAU